UACAGUUCAAUUUAUAAUUAAUUUGUAAUUAUAACAAUUAUUUUUAGUAUUAGUUGAAAAAUAUUCUACCACUAGAUGGAGUCUGUAUUCAUUCAUUUUCUACCGCUUAUCCUCACCAGGGUCGUGGGGGGUGCUGGAGCCUAUCCCAGCUGUCUUCGGGCGAGAGGCGGGGUACACCCUGGACUGGUGGCCAGCCAAUCACAGGGCACAUAUAGACAAACAACCAUUCACACUCACAUUCAUACCUAUGGACAAUUUGGAGUCGCCAAUUAACCUAGCAUGUUUUUGGAAUGUGGGAGGAAACCGGAGUACUCAGAGAAAACCCACGCGUGCACGGGGAGAACAUGCAAGCCGAGGGUGGAAUUGAACUUGGGUCUCCUAGUUGUGAGGUCUGCGCGCUAACCACUAGACCACCGUGCAGUCGAGUCUGUAUUCCACCAGUAGUAUUCACACUGCAGUUUAAGGGGCACCUGUUAUGCUUUUUCCACUUUCUGAGCUAUAAAUGUAUAAACGAUAAUGAAGUCUGCGCAUAUGGAAGUGAGCCUUGAAAGAAAUUUUGGAUAGCUCUGCAUGCUCGCACACUGUGGGACACACUCAGGAAGUCUUGGGUGUGUGACCAAUCACAGCAGAGUGGGCGUGCCGUGGGUGGAAUAACUAAAACAGACCGUUUGGCUGCUGGGAAGCAGGAAAUCCAUGGAAACACUGCAAAAUGAGGUGCAGAAUCUGGACGAUCUAGAAAGCUUUCUGUGCAGGUUAUUGUACUGUACAUUGUUGCUCUAUGGGAGUCCACAACUCAACACAAAGGGCUGCAAAUGAGCAUAAUAAGUCCUUUUUAAAAAAAAUACUGUAUGUCAAAUAAAUGUGAAAUGAAACAAGAAAGAGGUUACGGAGUGAGAAAAGAGGAUUUCCUGUGGUGUGUGUUAAGAAGUAUUUUCACUUCCCUUCUUUUCAGGAAUAAAAGAUGUUUCCCAUCAAGUCUCACCAGUAUGACAAAGAAAAGCCACAAUGAUCUCCUUUCUUGUUCUAGCAGUGCUUAUAUCCCUCGUGGCUCCUUCUUUUAGCUCUCCCAGUGCACUACUGGAGGUGAUAUCAGGACAUUCCAGGGUCUUCACCAGCGAACGUGUCCAGCUCAGAUGCAGCAUCGUGGACGGCCACAAGUCCACUUGGAAUUACUUAUGGUUCAAGGACUCCAAGCUGUUACCGCAAAAUAGUAAUACGUUGACGCUGAAAGGCAACAUCGAUGACAGCGGAGCACUUCAAUGCCAAGGAGUCAGGGACACCGCAGUGGGAAACAUAUAUAGCAACAAAAGCCUGCCUGUCGACAUCAAUGUGGACGGAGGUUGGGCCAUUCUAGAAGGCCCACUGCGUCCCACCCUGGUCGGGGAGGCCUUAAACAUGACAUGUCGCGUCCGGGGCCGCCCCCGAAUUCAUGAGGUGACUUUAUACAAAGAUGGUGUGGAGGUCAUGACACAAAAUGACAACAGCCCACAUUUGUACCUGCCCCACUUAAAACUGGAGGACCAAGGACUGUACUCCUGCAGGGCGUCUUGGGAUGUCAACCGACAAACAAGUUCUGGGAUAUCAGCCGACAUUCAAGUCCAGGUUUUAGAGCUUCUGACGCAACCGGUUUUGGAGGUAGUUGCAGGUGAUAACUUACUUCGGGUGGAUCUCAUAAAGCUCAUCUGCAGUCUGCAGUACAACGCCCGUGCACCGGCGCCUCCUAUUCACUACUACUUCUAUAAGGAUAAGCGCCAAAUGGGGACGGCCACCUCUGAAAACUUUACCCUGGUCAAACGGACCCCUGGUCUGUACAGCUGCAAGGCUAAGGUGCCGAAUUUGGGUCUCUCCAAGUGGAGUGAAGGGGAAACAUUUGAAGAGUGACAAGGGCAUAAAGAUAAAUAUGAGUAUUGGUAGCGUUUUAGGGUGUACUCGCAAUGGUGUACUCGCAUCUGUGCGCUAAUGGCCUGCACUCGUGCUGCUCCACAGCAUUCACUUUAUGAUACAACGCUGUAUUACUGCAACUUUGUCAUUCUAUUUACGUCUAUUGUGCAGAUUGGUGGUUAUCAAUAAUAAAUUAUUGAAUUACUAUUGCAAGCUGCUUGCAUGCUCUUUCCUGUUACUUCAAUUGUAAGAUUCACUACACGGAA